AUGGCCGUAUUUCCAUUGCCCCAGCUUGAAGAUAAUGCUGUAUUAUUACCCAGUUCCCAAACUAGCUCAACGCAGCCUCAGCUAUGUGACGUAUGGAGAGAUAUACAAGGUGCCCAUAAUUGGAAUGGUUUGCUUGAUCCCAUGGUGCCCAAUUUGAAAGCUGAAGCUCUCAGAUAUGGGAAUUUGGCACAGCUUUGUUACGACGCAUUUGAUGGCAAAAGCUACUCCAAAAACUACGGCACAUGUUAUCACAGUAAAAGAGAUCUGUUCAAUAAGAUGGGCAUGUCUGAAAGUGGCUACCAAGUCACUAAAUAUGUUUACGCCAAUACUAAUCUGUUAAAUCAAGUUUUUGGUGAGAAACCAAAAGACCAAGGUGUUUGGUUGGGUUUUAUUGCAGUUUGCACGGAUCCAAAUGAGAUAAGAAGGCUUGGACGACGAGACAUAGUGAUUGCAUGGAGAGGAACUCAGACUGCUGAAGAAUGGAUAGAAGACCUGAGAGAUAUUCUUGUACCUACAAGAUUAUCCUAUAGAUGCAAGAGGACAGGCAAAAACCAAGAGCAUCAUUUCGCGGAUGGAGUACUAAUUGAGAGAGGAUUCCUGAGCUGCUAUACUUCAACUGUCCGUCACCGUCAAGGCGCUGCAGGAGCCACUGUGAACAUCAGCACCAGAGAUUUGGUAGUCUCAGAGAUAGAAUGA